GACAGGCAGGCAGAGUGUAAAAUGGCGCACAGCUGUCGGUGGCGGUUCCCUGCUCGGCCCGGAGGGAGCACCAACUCGGGCACCGGGAAGAGAGCGGGCCGAAUCCGGGUCACCGCGUCCCUCCGAAAUGAUACUGGGGCUCAUACGAACUCAAUUGGGCCAAAGGCCGGUUUCGAUGCGGCGGUGCAAGUCUCCGCUGCAAUCGAGAGCAACCUGCAGAAAUUUCGGGAUGUUUUGGGGGAGUCAAGCGGGUCCAGCAGCGGGGAGGAAGAGGCGUUCGGUGGCUUUUGUACAGUCAGUGAAGGCAGAAGAAUACAUAGUCCUGCAAGGACCUUUUCAGUCCCACCAUCAGCUCCUGCAACUCCAGAGAAGAAGCCCAGGGGGCGUCCGCCCAGGGCACAGGCCACACACAGAGUGGGCAGCGCCACUGGCCCCGUGCCUGCGCCUUCUGUGCCCUCCUCUCUCCCCCACAGAGAUGCCACAGUCUCGCACACAGAGAAGGUCAAGCGGCCGCCGGGAAGGCCUCCCGGGUCAGGCGAGAAGAGGAGAGGCCGCCCGCCAGCCUCCGCUAGCCACAGGGGCUGGCACCAGAGCGGCCACGGGUCAUCGGACGAGGCACCGGCCGGAGGCGUCGCCGGCGCAAACGAACACGGUCCGACGGCAGCCCAACACGGCAAGCACGCAGGGGACGAGCGGGAGGGGGGUAAGAUGUCCAAGCUGGGCAAAGUGCCCAAGCUGAAGAGGCUGCAGGAUGCCAAGAUGGGCCCGCUCAAGUCGCGGCUCAAGGCAGUGGCUCGGAAGGGCGUGCCGGUGCCCGUCGUGCCGAGGCGGAGGAGGGGGAGGCCGCCCUCAGCGGAGCGCCUGAAAGCGGAGGCCGCUGCAGCUGCCGCUCGCUCAGGCUCGUCCGCUGCCACCGCUUUCGCCGAGCUGUCCCUUCCAGACGCACGCACCGUCAAACAGAAGGCCUUCAGGGUGCGCGGCAGGGACAGAGGGCUGGACCUCCAGGCUGCCCAGCAGCAGCAGCAGCAGCAGCAGCAGCAGCAACAUGCCAAGCUCAGGGCUCCCCACGCCGAUUCACAACCCGACAGCCCCACGGAACCCCACAGCCCGCCUUCCUCGAAGUUCGGGAGGCCCCUGGGGCUGCGUCAGAGCCCGCGCCACAUCAAGCCCGUGCGUAUCGUGCCCCCUUCCAAGCGCACGGACGCCACCAUUGCCAAGCAGCUACUGCAGCGUGCCAAGAAAGGUGCCCAGAAGAAGAAGCUCCUGGAGAAGGAGAGCGUUGGCAGCGGUGGACCGCCGGGCAUGGACACGGGUAUCCGGCGCCGGCGGAGGACCCCGCUCAAGAACAUCCGGCAGUUCAUCAUGCCCGUGGUGAGCACCGUGUCCCGGCGCAUCAUUAAGACGCCCAAGCGCUUCAUCGAGGACGAGACCAGCUUCAGCGCCCCACCUCCCCAGAAGGUGUCCCGCCUGGACACGCCCGCGUACGUCUCGGCGUCCGUGGCGACAGUGGCCGCCUCCCAGCCUAACGCGGCGCCUUCCCCCACGCUGGCAGCCACUUCCUCACCCUCGUCCGCCGCGUCUGCGGGUCCUGCCGCCGGCACCACCGCCGCCGUGGACAGUCUUCCCCCUCCCCCUCCCCCCGUGGUGUCCGUUGUCCCCACCAACAGUGGCAGCGGCGGCAGCGUCCCCCCGGGUCUCCUGAACAACGCGGCGAUGGCCGCAGCGGCGGGCGGAAGCUGCAACAACAGCAACAGCAAUGGCGGGCGCUUCAGCAGCAGCGCGGCGUCGUGCGGCUCCAGCGCCGUCUCGCAGCACUCCUCGCAGCUCUCGUCUGGCGAGUCCUCGCGCUCCAGCAGCCCCAGCCUGGACGACUCGUCCUGCGACUCGCAGGCCUCGGAGGGCACGCAGGCGCUGUCCGAGGAGCCCGACCGCUCGCCGGGCUCGUCCCAGGGCGACCACGAGCGGGAGGAGGAGGAGGAGGAGGAGGAGGAGGAGGCCGCACUGAUGCAUUCCUCGCGCCCGACCUCGCCGCUGUCCGAGCACGAGCGGGAGCACACGAGGCGGCUGGAGAGAGGACGACGUGGGCGGCGUGGGCAGGGCGUGAGGAGCGGCGCCAGCUUGGUGGGCAGGGGCAGAAGUGGCCUGAUGGGGCCGAGGAAGAAGACCAUCAUCAGCCCAGCCACCGGCAUCCUCAUGUCGUCCUCGCAGGUGGGCGCGCACCAGGCCUCCUCGGGCUCGUCCCCUCCUCCCCCUCAGCAGUUGCACCCGCCGCCAGGCUCCUCGUCCAGUGCGGCGGGCGGCGGGGACCACCACCCCCACUCCUCAUGGAUCAUGCCGCGCAGCAUCGCCCCGUUCCUCCGGCCCGCCAUGCACGCGGCGUGCCACGACAAGCGGCGCUCCAUCCUGCGCGAGCCCACCUUCCGCUGGUCGUCGGCGCCCUCCCACAAACCCGAGUGCUUCUCCUCGGCCAAGUACGCCAAGGAGGGCCUCAUCCGCAAGCCCGUUUUCGACAACUUCCGGCCCCCGCCGCUGACCGCCGAGGACGUGGGCUUGGUCCCCGGCUCGGUCUCCGGAGGCGCGCCGCCCUCCGGGUUCACGGCCUCCCCCAGUGGCAGCGCUGGAUCGAGCAGCCGGCUCUUUUCUCCACUGCACCACCACCACCAUCAGCACACCUCCUCCCGCUUCGAGGGCUCGUACCCCAAACGCAGCCCGCUGCUCCGCGCCCCGCGCUUCACCCCCAGCGAGGCCCACUCGCGUAUCUUCGAGUCGGUCACCCUCCCCGCGUCGUCCGGCAGCAGUCCUGGCUCGCUAUCCCCCCUGCAAGGCUCCUCUCCGUCCGGUAGGAGCAUGCGCCACAGGAAGAGGAGGACCUUAGGAGCACCGGUGAGCGGACAACCUCGGUCUCCCUCGCACUCCAUGACCCGGAGGAGCAGUCAGCCGGGUUUCAAGAUGGGCAAGAGUCCCUCCGAUCACAGGGGCAGCUCGAGCGGCAAUGCCAGUAACUCCUCGUCCCUAACGGGGGUGGCCGUUAGCCCACUCGCUCCAAGUGCCUUAACCCAGCCUCCCUUCAGCACCUUGUCUCCAGGCGCUGCGGGCCUCUCCGGCCACGGUGGCACCGAUGGACGCAAAGCUUCCUCUGCGGCCGCACCGGGCGGCCUGGGCGGCGUCGGCAACUCGGCUGGCUCGUCAUCGUCCUCCCCGUCACAGCUCUUUCCCCUCUUCGGGCCCGGCGGGGGUGGGGGCGGCGGGAAGACGACUCGUGAGAGGAACCUCUCUGCCGGACAUGAGGCGUCCACCAAGGAGAAGGACAGGGAGUCGGAGAGGAGCCGCGAGCGAGAGAAGGAGAACAAGCGCGAGGGGAGGAAGGACAGAGAGCGUAAGGGGAAGGACACGUCCUCCCACUCGGCGUCCGGCUUGUUCGUCAUGGAUGGGAAGGACUUGGAAAAGUCAGUCCCGACGCUUGCCCACAGAAAGACCCCAGGGAGGAAGAAAUCUGUGUCGGCCGACUCCGGGGCUGAGGCCUCCCCAGCUGAUAGCAACACUGUCAGCAGCACGCCCUCGUCCAACGGCCGGCCUUCCAAGAAAGACCGGCCGCCUGACUGGAAUGCAGACGCGGACAGAGGAGGAGAAAAGGAGGAUCAAGAGAAGACGAGUAUGCCGCUACCGCCAGGGCAAACGGGCAAAGCCCCCACCACCAACCCUACACUGGAGUCCGUGUUGAACCGUGCAGAGAAACAACCGGUGGCCGACAAGCAACUGGCCGGGCUGCUGAAGAAGGCGAAAGCACAGCUGCAUAAUAUUGAGAAGUCCUUAAAGCCAGUAGAGCAGCCGAAAGUGCAGGGUCAGGAGAGUGACUCCUCGGAGACGUCUGUGCGCGGUCCCCGCAUCAAGCAUGUGUGUCGGCGUGCCGCGGUCGCUCUGGGCCGACAUCGGGCCGUGUUCCCAGACGACAUGCCCACCCUCAGUGCCUUGCCCUGGGAGGAGAGGGAGAAGAUCCUGUCUUCCAUGGGGAACGAUGACAAAUCGUCAGUGGCAGGCUCGGAGGAGGCUGAGCCACAGACCCCUCCCCUUAAGCCAGUGACGAGGCAAAAGCCGAUCCACGAAGCCCAGCCCAAGAAGGGCCGGCGGUCCAGGCGCUGCGGGCAGUGUCCUGGAUGCCAGGUCCCCGAGGACUGUGGCGUCUGCACCAACUGCCUGGACAAGCCCAAGUUUGGUGGACGCAACAUCAAGAAACAGUGCUGCAAAAUGAGGAAGUGCCAGAACUUGCAGUGGAUGCCUUCAAAAAUGUUUAUCCAAAAGCAAGUGAAAGGUAAAAAGGACAAGAAGAAGAACAGAAUGUCUGAAAAAAAGGAGUUGCAUUACUCGGUGAGCACAGCUGCCCCAGAGGCCAAGCCUGCGCUGAGAGAGGGCCCUUCUCAGAAGAAGAGCGAUGCUCUGCCCUCCAAGGCAGCAGAGGAGAAGCUGAAGCAGCAGCAGCAGCAGGAGGAAGAGGAGGAAGAGGAGGAGGAAGAUGACUGCUCCCCGACCCCUGAGCCAAGUCCUCCAUCCGAGGAGGAGGAUCCCUCAUCACCACCCUCCACCCCCACACCCGAGGAGUCCAAGCAGCCCCCGCCGCUCAGCAGCGCUCCCUCCAGGAAGGAUCGGAAACUGCAGCAGCAGCAGAGGCCACCACGUCUCCCCAGUCCGGCCAUAAAGACCCUUCCCCAUCGCCUCCCACCCAGUCACAAUCCCCAGGCCAGACACCCCCAGAGGUCCCCUCAGAACCCCCCCCACUCCAAGAAGGAGCCGCUCGCCAAACCCCCCUCUGAUGGCAAAAAGCCCCAGCAGCAGCUAGCGUCCCAGCCUCCUGUGCCUGACACAGGGCCCGACACAAAACACUUGAAGAAACUCGCUGCACGCUGUGCACCAGCGCCCAAGCCCAAACUAAAGGAGAAGCAGGAGAAGCAGGUAGCCAUUAAACCGGACGGCGGUACUUUAAACUCCUUGAGCACUCCCUCGACUGGGGUUCGGACCGAGCAGCAGCAGCAGACGGCGCCCUGCGACGGAGUGCGACGCAUCAGAGUGGAUUUCAAGGAGAGCCAUGACAUCGACAACGUGUGGGAGAUGGGCGGCCUGAGCGUCCUCACAUCUGUGCCUAUCACGCCGCGUGUGCUGUGCUUCCUCUGCGCCAGCAGCGGGAACGUGGAGUUUGUGUUCUGCCAGGUUUGCUGUGAGGCCUUCCAUCUCUUCUGCCUGGGGGAGUCGGAGCGCCCCUUAGAGGCGCAGCUGGAGAACUGGUGUUGCCGGAGGUGCCGCUUCUGCCACAUCUGCGGACACCCGCACCAAAACACCAAACAGCUGCUGGAGUGUGACAAAUGCCGGAACAGUUAUCACCCUGAAUGCCUGGGCCCUAAUCAUCCCACCAGACCCACACAGAAAAAGAGAGUCUGGAUUUGCACUAAAUGUGUCCGCUGUCAGAGCUGUGGGGCCACCAAACCUGGCAAGGCCUGGGACGCCCAGUGGUCACACGACUUCUCGCUGUGUCACGACUGUGCCAAACUAGUCGCUAAAGGGAAUUCCUGCCCCCUCUGUGAUAAAUGCCAUGAUGACGAGGACUAUGAGAGCAAGAUGAUGAAGUGCAGGAGUUGCAGGCGCUGGGUGCAUGCCAAAUGUGAAAGCCUCACAGAUGAGAUGUAUGAAGUCCUGCCCAACCUGCCGGUGGCCUACACCUGCACCAAGUGCACGGAGAAGCAGCCUGCAGAGUGGAGGACGGCGCUGAAGAACAAGCUCCAGAGCUCUGUGCACCAGGUCCUCACCGCCCUGCUCAACUCCCGCACCUCCACGCACCUGCUCCGCUACAGACAGCCUGUGAUGAAGCCCCCCGAGCUGAACCCAGAGACAGAGGAGAGCCUGCCCUCUCGUCGCUCUCCUGAAGGCCCCGACCCACCUGUCCUGACCGAGGUUCCACCACACGCUGACUCGCCACCAGACCUUGAGUCCGUGGAGAAAAAGAUGGAGUUGGGUCGCUACAAAUCAGUGCUGGAGUUCAGUGAUGACAUUGUCAAGAUCAUACAGACCGCCAUCAACUCAGACGGUGGGCAACCAGAGAACAAGAGGGCCAACAGCAUGGUCAAGGCCUUCUUCAUCCGGAAAAUGGAGCGCAUGUUCCCCUGGUUCAAGGUGAAGGAGUCGAGAUUCUGGGAGGCACAGAAGGGCUCAAAUAGCGGGCUUCUUCCCAACGCAGUGCUUCCCCCAUUCCUGGAUCAUAAUUAUGCGCAGUGGCAGGACCGGAUGGAGCAGAGCAGUGCCGAGCGGCCUCCGCUGGUGAAGAUCAUCCCUGCCCCGACCCACAAGCCCCCAGGGGAGCCGGACUUCCCCGCCACGCCUCCCUCCCAACCCCCUCACGUCAUCCAUGAGCUCUCUCCCGAGGGCAGUCCCGAGCAGCUCCCUCCACCUGGUCUAGGAGACAACAGGCAGUGUGUGCUCUGUCUCAAGUAUGGGGAUGAGAAUACCAACGAGGGCGGACGGCUCCUGUACAUUGGCCAGAAUGAGUGGACUCAUGUAAACUGUGCCCUGUGGUCUGCUGAAGUGUUUGAGGAUGACGACGGCUCCCUGAAGAAUGUGCACAUGGCAGUGAUAAGAGGCAAACAGUUGCGAUGUGAGAACUGCCAGAGACCUGGAGCGACUGUGGGCUGCUGUCUGACCACCUGCAACAGCAACUACCACUUCAUGUGCGCCCGCCAGCGACGCUGCGUCUUCCUCGAGGACAAGAAGGUCUACUGCCAGAGACACAAGGACCUGAUCAAGGGCGAGGUGAUAUCAGACUCUGGGUUUGAGGUAACACGCAGGAUUCUGGUGGACCUAGAGGGCAUCAGCCUUCGGCGGAAGUUCAUCAAUGGGCUUCCUCCUGACAACAUCCAUAUGAUGAUAGGCUCAAUGACCAUAGACUGUCUUGGAAUGCUGACGGACCUGUCAGAUUGUGAGAGGAAUCUUUUCCCAAUCGGUUACCAGUGUUCGAGAGUCUACUGGAGCACCACUGAUGCUCGCAAGCGGUGUGUUUACACCUGUAGGAUCUUAGUGUAUCGCCCCCAAGUGGUAGAAACAGUCACUGACAGCACAGUCUCCUGUGAGAAGAACUUUACCAUUGCUCACAGCCCCUCCACAGUCCCAGAAAUGGAGAUGAUCACAUCCUCUCAGCUGGUGGAUUCAGCAAAGCUGUCCUGUUCCAAGCCAGUGGCUGCAGCUUCCAGGCCAAAGAUGCUCUUCCGAAACAGGCACCCCAGCUAUCCACCAUGCCACAAGUCUCCCAUCUCCAGACCACUUCCCUCUCCAGGAGGCUUCACCAGUUCAGCACAUGAGAUUGUGACUGUGGGUGACCCUCUGCUGAGCUCCUGUCUCGGAAGAAUUGGAUCCCGGCGACACAGCACUUCCUCGCUCUCACCUCAAUCAUCCAGAAACACAGUUGUACCCACAGCGCAGAGCAGUUAUCUGUUCAGUCCGCAAAGCACAGCAUCCUCUAGUUCCUCCAUUACAACUACUCCCUUAUCCCUCUCUUCCUACACAUGGGACCGCGCACAGAGGGACUCAGGCACAAAGGGUCGGCCCUUUGCUUCCGUGAGGUCCCAGAACUGUCAGGUUAGCGCCUCAAGUCCAGGAUCUCAGCAAAGACAGUCAGGUGUCAAUGAAAAAGGUGACUGCAGCCGAGAACCACCUGGAAAGCAGUCCGAGGGAGAGGCGGUGCAUCUGUCUGCUCCGCUGAUGAUGGGGAUGAACCAGGUGUCGCCACCUUUGGGAACGGCCGUCCUUACGAGUCACCAGAGGAGUAGCAGCAGCACUAAGGGCGAGAAGGGGAAGCAGCAAGGAAUGAAAGACACUUCAGACCUUCCAGCUGAAUCAACUCUCCUGUCUUGUCAGCCCCAAGCUGCUUUACCCAAAGAUGGAGGCAACCCCAUCCAGGAAGGCACACCAGCCGCAAAAGACACAGGGAUACCGGGGUCCCCAAAGCCACCAUACCACAAAAGCGGAGGGAGGAAGUCACAUGACUAUGUGGCGGGGCCUGCCCCUGCUGCUGCCAUGAAACCCCGCUGGUCGUCUGGAGCUACCGUGGGAGAGGAGGACAUUAAACGCGGCUCUCAGGCAACACCAGCAGUAACCGCGAGUUGCAGGACAUCCAGCACCAAAGAGACAUGCUCCAAAAUGGGAUUCAGUGGAAGCAUCGAGGCAUCGAAGGAGAGGGAGAAAACUACUAAAAAGAUCAAGACCCCUCUUCAGAAAAAGGGCAGUGAUAUCAAAACACUCGGCCAAGACCAAAACUUUCAAAACAGUAACAACAAAUCUGCAGUACACAGCAGCAACACCAAAGCAGCCGGAACAAAUGCGGUUGAUAAACAUGACAGUCAAGGAGGGAAUAGACCACUAAAGUCAAGGGAGAGGUUCAGUUCUGAGAGCAAGAACAGCUCCAGUUUAGAGGGAAUGCAGCCAGAGACGGGCUCAGAUGCAGGUAUUAGGGCUGCGCUCAAUCAAACCAAAGCAAGCAAGGAGCUGAUCAAAAGGGAAAAGAAGCCUACAGGAAAAGCAUCUUUAAUAUCUCCAAAAAUAGAUCCUAAUGGGACCAAAGUGAUCAGUACAGGCUCGGAUACAAAUCUGCCGACUGCAGUUACCCCGGUCAGUCAGGGUCCACAGAGGAGGUCCACCUGUCCACCUGUCCUCUUCUCUUCGCCAUCUGCCAGCUCAGAAAGCUCAGAGUCCGAGAGCCAAGCUCACCCAGAGGACUGUGAAGAACAUCUGCGAGAGGGAGAGGGAGCUGAGGACGGAGAAGAUCCCUCCAUGGAGGAUGAAGGCAGCAUCGACAAGCACAACGAGGAAGACAGCGACGGUUCGGGGUCAGCCAAGCGAAGGUACCCGCGGCGUAGUACACGGGCUCGCGCCAAUAUGAUCUUUGGUUUGACGCCUUUCUAUGGCGUGCGUUCCUAUGGCGAGGAAGACAUCGACUUCUAUGGCGGCGGAGAGGUCAUUGGGAAAAAGCGGUCCGGAAUGAGCAAGCGUUCUGCCGAGGGGCAAGUCGAUGGGGCAGAUGAUAUGAGCACUUCGUUGUCAGAGGAUAGUGGGGAAGACGAGGAGGUUGGACUGGGGCCGUGUCCAAACAAAGACUCCUAUUACUAUAACUUUACACGCACCAUCAUCAACCGUAACGUCAGAUUACACCCUGAGGGAGUGGGAAGAGGGUCACAGUUUGGCAGGUUUCUGAACGAAGAUGCUGGAGAGAGUACAGAUCACAUGGAGGAAUCUGGAGCCAUACCAUUGAGUCUGGGCCGUCCCCAAAUUGGCCAGCUGGAUGGCGUCGAUGAUGGCUCUGAGAGCGAUGCCAGCUUGAGUACCAGCAGCACCACAACUGCCACAACGUCCACUACCCACAAAACCUCUGGGAAAAGGAAGAGCCGUGAGAGUCGGGCGGAGAGGAUGGCAGCAGGCUCAGGGAAAGACUCCGACAGCAGCGCUGGAGGGGGAAAUGGCAGCAGUCGAGAGAGCAGGAAGAACCAGAAGGAGUCUUGUCUGUCUCUGGGGAACGUCAAGUCACAGGGGCAAGACCCUCUGGAGGCACAGUUGUCCCUCACCACAGACCUGCUCAAGUCUGAUUCUGACAACAACUACAGUGAUGACUGUGGCAACAUCCUGCCUUCUGACAUCAUGGAUUUUGUGUUGAACACGCCAUCAAUGCAGGCCUUGGGUCAACAGCCAGAGUCAUCUUCUCCGGAACUUUUGCUAGGUGAAGGGUACGGGGUCGACGUCAACCGGAGGAAAGACUCUGCGCUGCUCUUUGACAUACCACUGCCUAGCACUGAGCCUGGGGAGAGCAACUCGACUAUUUCCGUCGAGGAGUCCUACAGCCUGCAGCUGGGCCUGCCCUCUGACCUCUCAGUGCUGACCACGCGGAGCCCUUCCGUUAGCAACCAGAAUCACAACACUCUCAUUCCGGAAGCUUCCGUUAGCAACCAGAAUCACAACACUCUCAUUCCGGAAGCUUCGGAGAGCACAAUACUGUCAUUGACUACUGAUGAAACUGUGGAGAAAGCUGGAGACAAGCCAGGGGUCAGGACGAGCGAGGUGUCUGAGGAAGGAGGUGGAGACUCACAGGUAACUGAUGAUCAGCUGACACCCAAGCAUUUCAUAACCGGCAUCGAGGGCGAGCAUAUUUCCAAUCAAGUCAGUCAGGUGAUUGAACCAGAUAACCAGGACGUUGCCAGGACCUCUGGGACACCAGGAUUACCUAGUUCUCCUACGCUGCCUCUACAAAGUCAGAAAUACAUACCUGUCACUGCUGUAAGCCCUGGACCUUCUCAGGUUGCUAGCACUGCUGUUCAAACCCCUUCCUCUCAUCUCAAACCUGCCCCGGAAAAAUUGAUUGUUGUGAAUCAGCGAAUGCAGCCUCUCUACGUCUUGCAGACUCUACCCAAUGGAGUGACACAGAAGAUACAAAUCACACCUUCAGUUGGUACGACAGGGGUCAUGAGCACUAGUCCCUCUGUGUUGAGCUCCAUGACUCUCACAGCAGGUCUCCCCAAUCAGCCCAUAUUUCCUGCGGGUGGAAAGGGCCUAUUACCCAUGUCUCACCACCCUCAAAUUCAUACUCUUACUAAUACAACUCAGGCCAGUUUCCAACCUGUCAUUCCCAACACCACAUCAGGCCUCCUCAUAGGCAUCCCCUCCCAUGACUCCCAGAUUAUCGUGUCUGAAGCAGGACGCAGACCUGAUUUGGCACCCAGCGUCACGAUGGUCUCUAGUGCACCAUCCUUGUCUCCCUCUUCAUCUGUGCUUUCCUCAGGACAUGGCAAAAAACGGCCCAUAACCCGGCUUCUGCCACGCAAAAGCAAAAAACCUCCUCGCUCCCGAAGCCACCCACCGUUGGCGCCAUCAGAAGUGGCACCCAACAUGACCCUUAUAAACUUGUCGUCUCCUCAAAUCACAGCUGGAAUUUCCACUCAGUCUGGUUUAGUUGAACUGGGCACCCUAACCACAGCCACUACCACGUCCCAUCGCAAAAUCCCCAAUAUCAUUAAACGACCAAAAGGGGUAAUGCUGGUGCCACAGCCUAUGCCCAUUACAUCCAGCGGUCAGCCUGGCAUCUUGGGGCAGGACACGUCCACCCACUUGUUGCCAUGUACUGUUUCAGGGCUCAAUCCAAACCAACAGGUGUUGAACGUUGUCUCAGUGGCACCUAGCGGAGCUGGCAACAUUCUCGGCGCGAGUUCAGUUUCUCUGAGCACACCUGGACUCCUGAGUUCCACUGAGAUUACGGGGGCCUUCAGCAAUCUGCUCUUCAAAGCCGGCCCACAUAAUCUGACCAUUCCAGACCAACAGAUGGUUCUCCACUCCGGAGGGGCCAUGAUGCCGCAGCUAACUCACCCUGUGCAGACGUCUAUCGCCAGUAGUAUAUGCGUUCUUCCACCGCAGCAAACACUCAGCAUGUCUGUGAGCAAGCAAGUGGACCAAGAGAGCGCCCUGCAUCGCAAGCAAGUCAGUCGAAUCUUGGCAGACAAACCACAAGCACUCGAUCAGAGUGGGAAUGUUGCGGGAUCCAUGGGUCCUGCCCCAAGCUUAAUGGCCCAGGACCCAAGCAAGCCAGUGGUUGGGGUAUUUACCCAAGGUUCAUGGACAACACCCAUCACCCUCCACACAAAUCAGCCGCAAGUUUUCAAGUCAGCUGCACCACCCACAGCAGGUGGGAAGGGGAAACAGAAGGCCAAAAGGGUUCGGUCGACUCCAGAGAAGGCCAGCGGGAAGAAACCGAAGGGACUGCAGGCAGAGUCUCCGCUAUCAUCCAAGGGAGAUGCGAGCUCUCUGGUCAGCAGUCAUCCUCAGGGACUAAGCAGCCAGUCAAUCCUGAGCCUAUGGACACAGGAAAACCCAAUGGAAAAAGAUUCAAAUAAAAGUUGCAGUGAUGCUCCUGUGACCAAAGCGUCCCCCAUCAACCAGGUGUCAGUAGAGUUGUGUGAUGAGGAGUCUAAAGCCACAAGUCCUACUACUCAGAACAGUGGGAAAGGAUCUGGCACUGGACUGGCUUCAUCAGAGCAGGAGGAUGACAAGGGAGGCAGGGACUUCCUCUCUCACUACAAGCCUAAGAAAGGCCUCAUGUUUGAAAUAUCCAGUGAUGAUGGCUUUCAGAUCCGUUGUGAGAGCAUUGAAGAGGCCUGGAAAUCUUUGACGGAUAAAGUCAAGGAGGCACGGUCGAACGCCAAACUCAAGGAACUUUCAUUCGAGGGAGUUAACGGGCUCAGGAUGCUCGGCGUUCUUCACCACACCGUGGUGUUUCUGCUGGAACAGCUGUGUGGUGCCAAAUACUGCCGGAACUACCGUUUCCGCUUCCAUAAGCCCAAGGAGUGCGACGAGCCCCCCAUCAACCCUCACGGCUCCGCCCGAGUGGAGCUGCACCACAGGAGGUCCGUUUUCGACAUGUUCAACUUCCUGGCUUCCAAACACCGGCAGCCUCCGGAGCACAACCCCCAGGAGGAGGAGGAGGAGGAGGUGCUGCUGAAGUCCGCUCGCCGUGCCAUCAGCUUGGACCUGCCCAUGUCCAAGAGACUCCGACACCUGAAGAAAACCUCCUGGGAAACAGUAGGCGUGUAUAGGUCAGCCAUUCACGGACGAGGUCUGUUCUGCAAGCGAAACAUUGACGCAGGAGAGAUGAUCAUCGAGUACUCUGGCACCAUCGUCCGCUCGGUCCUCACUGACAAACGGGAAAAGUAUUAUGACGAGAAGGGGAUUGGCUGUUACAUGUUUCGCAUCGAUGAUUACGAGGUGGUGGACGCCACGAUGCAUGGCAACGCAGCGCGUUUCAUAAACCAUUCCUGCGAGCCCAACUGCUUCUCUCGUGUCAUCAUUGUGGACAGUCAGAAGCACAUCGUCAUCUUCGCCUUGCGCAAGGUCUACCGAGGAGAAGAACUCACCUACGACUACAAGUUCCCCAUCGAGGAACCUGGGAAUAAGCUGCCCUGCAACUGCGGAGCCAAAAAGUGCCGCAAGUUCCUGAACUAACUCCGGCAUUCUAGCACUUUUCAGGGCGAUGUCGGCAGCACCUUGCUGUGGGUGACCCACAGCAGUUCCACGUUUCCUGUAGUGUGGGACACUUACAGGGCUGAAGAGGUAGCAUGCGUUGAGAUGGGCUUCUGUUGUUCGUCAGAGCUGUUCAGUGUGCGCUUGUGUUUUCCGGAAGGAUGACAUUACUGUGCCUCUUUGUUUUUUGUUACAUUUUGUUGACUGGUUUUCAGUGUCAUAAUCUGAGAGCAAUUCAUUUGGGGAAAUUCAGGCCUUUUUUUAAUGUAAGGUUGAUUUUUUGUUUUUGUUGUUGAUUUUGUUUUUUUCUUUCAGCUUAAUGGUUAAAAACUAGUGCCCAAGACAUUUGUGUAGGUCCUCCCCAUAGGUUUUAAAUCUCUACAUCACCACUUUUACCUUAAUUUUUCAGGAUAUGGCCUGUAAGGGACUGAUACUGUUUGUUUGAUAAUGCUCAAUCCCAUUUGCCCCUGCUUCCAGAAUGUGAUGGAUCUCUACAAACAAGAAGAGCCACGUUGUUAGAUCCAUUUUACACCAAAGUGCAAUUCUUUCAGGGGAGGGGUUAAAAAAAAAUCAGGCUCAAACUGAAAUAACGAAAGUGAUCAAUGAAAGCCCUUAUUAUUAUUAUUGUUAUGUAUUUUUGUUUCCAAGCAUGGCAUUCUUCAACACAUCUUUUCCAUCACUGAAUGUAUACUGAAGCCUUCAGACAGCCGUAUUAGCUCUUACUGAGGCGAAGCCUGUCCAUGUUCGAGACACUGUAAAUAUCCUGCAAUCUUGUGUUGACUCAGUAGGGAUGACUAGAUUAUGUUCAUCAGUUGUUUUUCCAAACUUGAUUGCAGUAAUGUUGAUAUUUGUAAGCGUUCCUAUGCUUUGUGUUCUUAUGCUGAGUUGGUCCAGAGUGGGGUGGAGACGGCCUGUGAUUGGCUAGGACUGAGAUCCUGGUGGACUGACAGCCUGGCAACUUGAGGGACAGUAGAGUGGUCGAGCGGUUGGUUGUCCGAGUCCGUGGAAAGAGAGAGUAGGUCUGGUAACUGUUGUGAGGUGGUCGUUGGAGGACAAAAUGAUUGCAGAGCCAUCCUUUCUUAAGAAAGAGUCAAACUUUUGUGCAUGUUAUGGCUGUGUCCAUGAUGACUGGAUUU